AUGAAAGGCUUGUGUUACCAGACAUUUUUAUCCAUGUCAUCAAAUGAAGCUGAUGGGUACCCAUAUCCAAAACGAAUUAAAAUAGAAAAUAAUCAUACAAGUGUAGAGAAAGAGGAGCAACAGCAGUUAGAACAAAGAACGUACCUUGUGGAUGAAUGUAGGAAGUCAUCAAAUAAACCUAUAUAUUUAUCAGAAGGAUCACUUCAUUUCAGUCAAAAUGCUUGGAGAUUAGAAAAGGAAAUCAGUGGUAAAGAAAGAAAAACUAACAUGUGUGAGUUUAUAGAUUUUAAACCUUGGAUUAAUGAAAAAUUGCAAUGCAGGCUAUUAGAAAAUAAACUGUUCACUAAAAAAUGGAAUAUUGAAAAUGAAGAGCAUAAUAUUAUAAGAGAUGACUCUUUAUUGAAUGUAAAUGGACAUUCUUCUGAAGCAGGAUUAUACCAUAUGUGGAAUGUAAACAAAAACAGCAACAAUAUAGCAGAAAGUAAUAAAACAGACAAUGAUAAUGAGCUUAAAUUAAAUGCUUCACUUUCAUCUUUAAACACAGAUUUGUUUCAGGUAAAAACAUCAAGUCAGAAAAUUGGUACUGAUAACAAGUGGAAAGAACACCAGCUUUUAGAUGUUCCAUUUUUAUGUGGCAUUAAUUCUACAUUUUCUGAAAUAAAGAAUAAGGACAGAAACAACAGUUUAAAAAAAUUGCCCACUGAAGAAAAUAAAGAUCAUUAUGGUAAUGAGAGUGAAUCUGUUGAACAACUAGGUAAUAAAGAAAAAAAUGCUUCAUCACAUACAUUUCCUACAUUAAAAUUGUUUAAAAAUAUACAAACAUUCAAAAUCCCCCAAACAAAUUUUUUUAUGAAAGGGAACAUAAGCAAAUGUUCUACUGCUUCAAAUACAUUAAAUAGUAACAUGUUAUCAACUAAUUUGAAGGAGAUAGAACAGAAGAAUUUUAAACAUCAAACAUAUGUGAUGCAAUCUGAAAAGAUUUACUGUUCCCAAAACAUAUCUAUGAUAAGGAAACAAAAGUUUCAAAAUGAUAAAAAUAUUGUGAAUGCUGCUAGUGUUUGUUCUGAAUUUAAUGAAAGUAACCACCCAUCUGUUAGUAAGCAAAAGACUUUGGCUUUAGCAGAAGAAGGAGAAAAAAUAACUGAGACUAAUUUAAGGAACAACAUCAAUAGUGUCAAGUGUAAUCAAAUGUUUGCUAAAAGGAUUGUCAAGGAGAAAGAGCUAGGAAAUGCAGAAGGUGAUGAAGACCAGGAACCAAACAUAUACCUAAGUGUUCACACAUACUUUGGUUCUCGAACACCUCAAAGUGAUGAAUGUAUCAACUCUACCAAUAUUUUGAAAAGAACAUGGGGAAAAGUCAGUUAUGAGGAUGUGACAUUUAAUAUACAAGAAACAACUGUUCCAUUGAUAUCAGAAGUACUAAGGAACAGAGAUUUAAACAUAAAUUAUGACAUGCAUUGUGCUAACUGUAACAGGAAUUUACAUGAAUCAGAAUUAAAACUUUCUACAACAAAAAUACUUGACAUCAAAAGAUACUUAUCUAAAAGUGUUGUCACCAAAGGCAAUUGCCCCUAUAGUACUACACAGGAUUUGCCAGAUACAAGAGACAUUGACAAUAUAUUGAAGCAGAAGAAGCUGACUAAACUAAAAAUCUUCUUUCAUGAUAUGUUAUUAGGAGGUCUGAAGACAAGACCUGGAUCUUUAAAUAAAGAUGUGCUUAAAUAUCAAGAGAAUGACAGUAGCAUAGGCUGGUUUCAUUUGUAUGAAAAGUUAAAGUCAAUAGAACAAUACAGCAUUCCAGAGCUAAUAACCAGUAUUAAUAGUACACAUAUUUAUUUGCAAGUUACUGUUUCAGAACAGCAAAAUGUGAACACAAUAAAAUCAAACCUUGCUUUUUUCCCCUAUAAUAUAAAUUGUUUACAUCCAGCUGAAGAAAAAUGUAUACCAGUGGAGAAAAAUCCUUUCUAUUGCAGAAAACAAGUUAAGAGAAACUCACACAUAAAUAAUAGUUUGAAAGGAAACACAGAAUCUCAGCAAAAAUACAUAACUUAUCGAGAAAAGUUGAAAACUUUGCAUUCUGUUUUAAGUGAAAAUAAAAAACACAGAAGCAGGAGAAUCGCAAAUAGUGUGAACUUUGCACAUGAAGCCACAAAUCUUAUUCCAAAAUAUUUGAGAACUGCUAACAAAGAAAACUCUGACAAAAAAGAGUAUGGCAAUUGUAGAGAAUUGCAAAAAAAUUGCUGUAGCAGUCUUCCAAAAGUACCCUUUUUUUCUGUUUUUGACACAUAUGAAAAAAUUCCUCUCAGUACUGAUUCUGAGGAAAUGGACCAGAUUCCACUUGUAAGGCAAAUUAAUCCUAAUAAUGAAAAAUACAUUGAAGAAAGCACAGUUGCAAGUAUAAAAAAUAUUCACAAUGUCCCUGCUAAAUCAGAUGUUUGUAUUCUACCUGAAUUGUCAACAACAUCCAUAGUAAAUUGUAACUCUGAGUUACUACUAGACAGUAGAAAUAGUCAACAUUUAGAAAAUGAAAGAAAAUAUGUACACUUUCUAAAUACUGGUUUCAAUUAUGGAAACAUAUUUCACUGUUUCUUAGACAAUGGCCAGUGUUCCACUUCACCAUUCUCUUGUGGCCCUUUUACAGAUAAAGAUGUAGUACUAAAAACUGAAGAGGGACAUUGCAGGAGUUCCUUGAGUGAUGACACAGAAAAACUGUGUGAAGAAAUGAACAGCAUUUUACAAUACCAAAUUGUGAGAAGUUCUGAAGUAUCUAAUAAUAAAAUGUAUUUUAAGGUUCAGAGAGAAGAAACAAUGACUUUUUCUCUAGAUGAAGACAUUCAGAUAGAUAGAAAUUUUUGCACACUCAAUUCAAAGCCAAUGACUAUAAAACAAAAUCUUGAAGAUUUACAAGAGGUGGGAGAAAUAAGUUCUGGGCAACAUUAUAUAACUAACAAAAAUCAGCAUCAGACUAUACUGCAUGGAAGUAGAUCAACUAAUUUAAUUUUGUCAUAUUCAAAAGAUGAAUCUGCAAUAUGUGUUGCAUCAGGAAACAAAUUAAUACCACAUUUAUCCACAAUGGACAAUGGAUGUUUUGAAGAUAUGACAGAUCAGCAUUUACCUUCACAAAGUAAAAACAUAUUUGAAUUUGAAAUGAAGAGCAAAUUUGAUUUAGUGUUGGAAGAGCUUUGUAUGUUUCAUGAAAUUAGUAAGGAACAUGAAAAUAAGCUCUCCAAAGUAGAAAGAAACACUCCACAAGAGAAUCCUCAAGAAUUGAAUAAUUCUGAAGGGAUAGAUGAAAAUUUAAAAAGUGUUUCUCAAACAAAAGUAUGCAUUUCCUUUCCAAUCUAUGGUACUACAGCAGGGCAAAAUAUAACUAAGAAUAACCAAAGUUCAUUUAAAGGAAAAAUAUUAAAUAGAAAUGUAAAGCAAAAAGUACCUCAUGAGUUCUGUUCUUCAAGUGUGUCUGAUGAAAAAUUGCUCUAUUCACUUUCUGAAGAAGACUAUGUUGAUUCAGGUUGUAAAAAUCGAUUCCCAUGGGACCCUGUUUUUUUGUCUCACACAUUUAUGAAGGAAAGACGUGACGGUUUUCAGAAAGAAAGAGGAAACUAUUUGUCACAUGAAAUUAUAAGACUGCAGCCUCUUAAAACAUGCAGUGGCCCUAUCAGGAUUGGGCUGUCAAGAAAAGCUAAACCCAAAAAGCUUCACCCAUAUCUGAAAUAA